CAAAUUGAAUUGCAGUCAACUAUCAGAAAAUUUUGAGUAUUAAUCGGAUAAAAGCCUCUUUCGCUUUCAGACCAGAGAGAAAAGAGAAAAGUCUUGACCUUUUUCAAUUUGUCUAAAAUAAACAAAACUGCAAGAAAUCUAGCUAGGGUUUAGGUUAAACCUCAACAACCAGACCCUCAACCAUGGCGGAAACCACCGCAUCGGAAGAACAUCUCGCGGAACAAAACACAUCCUCCUCCUCCGCCGCCAAAGAAAUUGACGUGGACAGCUCCAAACCUGAGGCUGGUCGCGAGGCCGGUGACGACAAAGCUACUGAUUCCAAGAAGCGGAAGGUAGAUGACGGAAAGGGGAAAGCCAAAGUUGAUGAACAAAGUGAAGACAAGAAGAAGAAGAAGAAGAACGAGGAGGCGGAGGAAGCGAGCAAGGAGAUACUAUCGGGUCCAGUGAAAUUGGGUUACAAGACCUUCGAUUCUUCGGUGGAAAUUUUCGAUUACUUCUACAACUUUCUUCAUUCCUGGCCCCUUAAUAUCAAUGUCAACAAGUAUGAACAUCAAAUGUUGCUGGAAUUGCUCCAGAAGGGACACAAGAAUGCUGCCCGGAAGAUUGGAGUGGGAAUCCGCUCUUUCCAAAUCCACAAGCAUCCCAAGUGGAUGGGCAGGUGCUUCGUCCCCAUCAGGGAGGAUGGAUCUGUGGAUUAUUUUCGCUUCCGCAAAUGUGUGCAUCAUAUUCUUCCAUUGCCGGAUGAGAUGCUUCCACUACCUGGAGUGGACAAGCACUUAAGCAGCAAAAAGAAGUACUCAAAACAGGGAGGGCGCGGCCGUGGCGAAUCUGGAAAGUGACUGCCAGUAAUGGCUAUUUUCUUCCCAGAGAUCUUCAGUGUGUUGUGCAUACUUGAUCAGCUUAUCCCAUACUUCCUCUAGCUGUGAAACACUAAAACUGCACUACCCAGAUCUUUGAUACAUGAUGUUGUGUUUCUGUCAUACUCAUAUUCCUUUGUAAAGUGACGCCUUACUUCAUCCAAGUUCAACCAAAUUUUGGUUUUGUUACCGUCAACUUUCAUUUGUAUCAUACCCCCAAUACUAGAGCUUUUGAAUGGCUGGGAAAUUGGAAUAGUAUCAUUUUUAUUUGAAUGAAAUUCUAGUUGGCUUGGCCAUAUGUUUUUUAGAUU